GCGCGCCCGCCCGCUGUGGAGCUGUUCCCUGGCGCGGAGCAGGCGAGUCCUCCUCCUCCCGCUCCCCCGCCCCUUCUCCCCGCGCUUUGUUGGUGCCUCUCCCGGGAGAGCGGCGGCGGCUGCGGCCGGCGGCGAUGCCCGAGUUCCUUGCGGAUCCGUCGGUGCUGACCAAAGAGAAGCUGAAGAGCGAGCUGAUCGCUAACAAUGUGAGCCUCCCGGGCGGCGAGCAGCGCAAGGACGUGUACGUGCAGCUCUACCUGCAGCACCUCACCGCCCGCAACCCGCCCGCCCUCGCGCAGCCCGACUUUUCCAGCGACGAGGAGCGGGAGCCCACACCUCUCGGCGCCCGGAGCCGCGGCGCUGCUGUCGCCGCCGGGCGGAAAGCUACAAAAAAAACUGACAAACCCAGACCAGAGGAGAAGGAUGACCUAGAUAUAACCGAGAUGAGCAAUGAAGACCUUCAAGAGCAACUUAUGAAGUAUGGAGUAAAUCCUGGCCCGAUUGUAGCUACUACUAGGAAACUUUAUGAAAAAAAGCUUUUGAAACUGAUGGAACAAGGUCCUGACCUGAAGGCACCCCUGCCUCUCCCAGCAAUUUCAGCUACUGAGAACACCAGACAGAAUGGAAACAAUGAUUCUGACCAGUACAGUGACAAUGAGGAAGAUCCGAAGACUGAGCUGAGGCUUGAGAAGAGAGAACCUCUGAAAUCCAGGACGAAGACACCAGUAGCACUCAAACAAAAAAAAGUUGUUGAACACAACCAGACCUUUUCUCAAGAUGGAGUUACUGAGACUGACUGGACAAGUGGAUCUUCAAAAAGUGGACCUCUGCAGGCAUUUUCUAGGGAGUCUACAAGAGGGUCAAGAAGAACACCAAGAAAAAGGGUGGAAGCUACAGCACAGUUGCCUAUAGAUGAUGCUGUAAUAUCAGAGAGUACUACCAUAAAUGAAACUAUUUUGGCUGCAAGCAACGAGACCCUAGUUGGCAAUAGGGUGCCUGGAAAUUUCAAGCAUGCAGCUCCUACACUGUCAGUCAGUGAACUCUCAGACAUGCCCAGAAGAACACCAAAGAAACCACUGAUGACAGCUGAACAAGAAGACACAGAUUGCCCACGUCACUGCUUUUUAAAUCAUGUUAGUCACAACCAGUCCUGUGAUCUGCUCAACACGGCCAUGAUAGAGGUGCUGGAGCGAACUACAGAAGAAAGAAGAGUAGAAAGGGAUAUUCUUAAAGAAAUGUUCCCUUAUGAAGUAUCAACACCUACAGGAAUUAGUGCUAGCUGCCGUAGACCAAUCAAAGGAGCUGCAAGCCGGCCUCUAGAGCACAGUGACUUCAUACUGGAGGAAAGUUACUCUAAGUAUGCACAAAAAUACGGUACCUCGGCUGACAUCAAGUCGGAGAAAACACCAAUAAAAAAAGAACGCCCAGUUCCUCUGUGGAUAAAAGUUCUUCUCUUUGUUGUUGUUUCAGUCUUCAUGUUUCUGGUUUAUCAGUCAAUGGAAACUAAUCAAGGAAAUCCUUUUACUAAAUACCUGAAAAUGGUCGCUCCGGGCAGUGCCGAAUGAAUACCUUUCUGAAAGGCACACCCAAUUUGAUCUCCUGUUUUUUAAUUGUAGAGAACUCUUCUGCCCUCUCAUCGGCUCAAGGACUUCUUACAAAUAAUGUGAUUGGAACCUGAUAAAUUGGAUAAAUGAAGAAAGAUAAUAUUAAAUGGACAUCAGUAACUUUCUGGACUUUGGACAAGUAGGAGAUCACUGCCAUAGGAGUAACAUUUUUUAAAAUCUUUGAACUUUUUGUAGGCUUUAUUUUUUUAAUGUGGACAUCCUUUAAAUUCACUUUUGAGAAAAUGUAUAUUUGUUUUUGCAAGAACUUGGAAGCUGAGAAGGGCAAAAAUGUAGUAAAAUGUGAAGCUGUGUUUUUAAAGCUUUUCCUUUGUACAGAAAAGAAGUUGUACUUCUGUCUCUAGAUUAUAGCGGAGAAGGAUUUUUACAUGGGAUAAAGGGAAAUGCAUUUCUUUAUGCAUUUUUUUCAGUAACAGCAUAACUGAAUUUGAUCUCUUAGGAUGCAGAGAGAGUACAACAGCAACCUUUUCUGUAGAUUACUGUAACUUUUUAGUAAAUGUAACUGUAAACCUGUUUGCAUUUCUGUAAAAGUCUUAGUAUCAUAUUAGUAACUCUGUUUAAAUGUAACUUCAUUUAAAUGUAUCCCUUCAUUUUAGUGCUUACAGUGUUGUAGGAGCUGAAUACAAAUCUAAUUGGCAAGAGAUGUCUUAGAGGAACUUAUUUAUUAGUAAUAUGUGUGGGAAAUAAAAACUACAUCAUAAUAAUUUGCUACUAAAAUACUUUUUUCGGUCAAGAUUAUCUGAAGCAGUCUAAAUUCCAACCUUAGCAGUGGUCUGUUUUUUUUUUUUAAAAAGCGAGGUCUUUCCAACACAGCUUUAUGUGAUUAUCUUUAAAUAUUCAUGUAGAAAAGUAUUCUCAAAGUGUGAAAAUUCCAUAUGAAGUUUUAUUCUUGUAUGAAGAGGGCAUUGCUGCAUUUUCUGCUACAAUUUCAUCUUUUUAGGUGAGAUUUACUACUUUCAUGCCAUUGACUAUUUUUCUCAGUGGAAGCAUGCUGAAACACUCUCUAUUGUGUAACUUGGUUGAGCAGGCAGCUGACUUCACUACUACCAAUGAAGAGUGAUAAGCAAAAAUUUUUUAAAGUGAAUGUAUACAUUUUUGGUGUGCUUAAAUAUGCAGCAUACAGAUGUUCAUUCUUAUUGCUUGGUACAAAAUUGCAAUAACUCAUACUACUUACUCUUAAAGUGCUACUUAUAAAAAGCUGAGAAUAUUAGUUAAUAGUCAAUAUCUUUUUACUCUAGGUACAAUUAUUGUGUAGACUAUAGCUAUGGGGAAGCUUUACUUUCUGUGAACUUUGGGACAAACAUGGUAAUUUGUAGCAAAGCAAUAGUUUUGGGGUUUUUUCCUGUUUAAUGUGGUUUUUUUUUGUUUUUUUUUUUCCUUUCUAAACUGCUUUUUUGAGUAAUCCAAAUAGUUAAACUUGUGUCCAUCCUAUAGGGAAUUGUAACAUAAGACAUUCACUUUUGGUGUCAAAAAUGGAGAAAAAUAAAAAUGAUUUUAAUGUG